AGCAGCGCCCCUCACUCCUCGUCCUGUCGACUGCCGCCGCCGCACCGCCGCCGCCGCCGCCCAGGAGACCGGUAUCUAGAUUAGCGCUGCCGGCCGUCGCCUUAAUGCCAGCCAUCAUGAACAACGCAACCUGAGAGCUUGGGCAUGCCAUGGGCAUGAGAUCGGAGCCUCGGCAGCAACGCCGCCGUCCCUGCGCCAUCGUCACUGACCAAACCAGGCGGCCGGAGCUCCCACGAGGAGGUACACCUGCUCUGGUAGACUGAGCUCUUCCUAGUCCGGAGGCAAAGCUUCUCUAUUCCACAUCUCGAAGGGGAAGAACCGCGCGCGACAAUGGCCAGGGCCGCCGACUACUACUCCCUCCUCCAGAGCUGCAUGGGCUGCUUCCGGCAGGGCAGGUCCCUCCACCGCAGGCUCGUCGCGUCCGCCUCUCCCCCGGACCUGCACCUCAGCACGAAGUUCGUCCUCUUCUACGCCAAGCACGGCGACGUGGCCGCCGCCCGCAGGGUGUUCGACGGAAUGCCGCACCGGAGCGUCGUGUCCUGGACGGCCAUGGUCUCGGGCUACUCCAGGAACGGCCGCCCCCGGGAGGCGCUGGAGCUGUUCGCCCUCAUGCGCACUUCCGGUGACGCCAGGCCGAACCAGUUCACGUAUGGCAGCGUGGCCAGCGCGUGCGCGUCGGCUGGGUGCGUGAGGAGCGGGGAGCAGGUGCACGCGUGCGCGGCCAAGGGGAGGUUCGUGGGGGACAUGUUCGUGCAGAGCGCCCUCAUGGACAUGUACCUGAGGUGCGGGUCUGUGGCUGACGCGAGGCGGAUGUUUGUGGAGAUGGAGAGGAAGGAUGUGGUUUCUUGGAAUGCCUUGCUCAGGGGUUUUGUGGAGCGUGGGCAUUGCAGUGACGCGCUUGGGUUGUUAUCCUCAAUGCUGAGAGAAGAAAUGCUGCCUGACCAUUUCACAUUUGGAAGCGCUCUAAAAGCUUGUGGAGCAGUCAGUGUGCUCACUAACACGGAGCUGAUUCACACUUGCAUAAUAAAGUUGGGCUACUGGAGUGAAAAGGUUGUUAUUGGAUCACUUAUUGAUGCUUAUGCAAAAUGUCGGAGCAUGAGAAGUGCACGAGUGAUAUAUGACUCCAUAUGUGAACCAGACCUUGUGUCGUCUACUGCGCUGAUCAGUGGGUACUCCAUGGAUAAAAACCACACUGAAGAUGCAAUGGAGCUUUUCUGCAAGAUUUAUCGUAGGGGUUUGAGGAUUGAUGGUGUUCUGUUAAGCUCCUUGCUUGGCCUUUGUGCUAAUGUUUCAUGUCUCAGAUUUGGGACACAGAUUCAUGCUUACAUGUGCAAAAAGCAGCCAAUGGGAGACGUGGCAUUGGACAACGCUCUAGUUGAUAUGUAUGCAAAGGCAGGCGAAUUUUCAGAUGCCAGGCGUGCUUUUGAUGAAAUGCCCUGCCGAAAUGUGGUUUCAUGGACUUCACUCAUUACUGCCUGUGGGAAAAAUGGUUUUGGGGGAGAUGCUGUGAGCCUUUUUGAGAGGAUGGUGGAGGAUGGUGUGAAGCCAAACGAUGUGACAUUCCUUUCUCUUCUGUCUGCUUGUGGUCAUUCUGGUCUGAUGAGCAAAGGGAUGGAGUAUUUCACUUCCAUGAUGAGCAAGUACGGUAUUGAUCCAAGAGCUGAGCAUUUCAGUUCUGCUAUCGACCUUCUUGGCCGUGGGGGUCAGUUAGAGGAGGCGUGGAAGCUAGUGGAGAAUGUGGAUACUCAACCCAAUUCGUCAAUAUUGGGCGCUAUGCUUGGAGCUUGUAAAACGCAUGGAAACAUGCCUCUCGGAGAAACUGCAGCCAAGAAUCUUAUCAGUAAAGGUACUGAGAGUUCUGUACACUAUACCGUGCUUGCAAAUUUGUAUGCGGAAUCUAAUUUAUGGGAGGAUGCUCAAAGUACAAGGAAAUUAAUGGCUGAAACAUCUGGAGGCAAGGAAGCUGGUUGCAGCGUUCUCUGAAGAUUACUAAUAAAGUUAUGCUUUCCAAGAUAUUC